UUGUAAGAUAUAUAAAAAGAAAAUGUGCUGACUUUAUUGGCAACAAUGCACAAGUAUGGUUGAUCACAUGUACAGUCAUCACAAAUACACGUUCUUACAGUUCGUCCUCCCACGUCACAACAUCUUUAUACAUGGCAUCCAAAUGCUUUGGCCCGUCACACAGUUUUGUUUUGUUUUUUUGUUUUUUGUGGUGACACAAUCUAUUGCUUGGCAUAUCAAUCUAUUGCUUGGCAUAUCAAGGCCUUGGCCCACCAUAUCCACCAUAUCUACAUGUUAACACGUUUUCUAUGUGAAACAAGUGGACUCCCACCCAUUGUCUGCACUGGAGAAGACCUUCAUUAGACUAAUUUGCCGGCUUAUGCACAGCAGAUUAGAUAAGCUGGACUGGAGGAUGGGCUGGGACGUCAGCAGAAGAAUCCGUCUACUACCAUUUCACCUGUAAGCAGCCAGGUGUUCUAGCUCUUCACUUCCGUGCCUCCUUCUCCACCGGAAGUCCACCAGAGCUCCCUGCAGCACUCGGUGGCUCAGGGACACCGUGUCCUUUCUUAAGCAGACAAGGUCCCAGACACUGUGAGAGGCAAGUCUGAUAACCUCUGCGGCCGAUGGCAACCCUUUUACAUGUGUCUUAACUCUCUUCCAUCUGUCUCCUGAUUAAAGCCCCUCUCCCCUCCCUUUUUCCUGUUCUUCCGUUUCUUCCUAUGGUUGUUAUGGUUGGGUUGGUUUAUUAAUUGAUUCGCUUGCUUCAUAAAUGUGUUCUGUUUUUUUUUAUUUAUACAAAAAUGUUAAAAAAAAUACGGCAAUACUGCAACUCAGGCUCACUUCCAGCAGAUGGCGGUAACGUCGCGGCAGAGCGCUGUGUGUCCCUUGUCCCUCCGGGCUUGCCGUACAGAAGCGGAGCCUGUGUUGUUGGCUUAGCGGCACGUGAGCUGGCUGAGAUGUGGCGUAUUUAGCGGGAAACCGUCGGUAGCCGUCCGCUGUUAAAAUGGCGGGCGAGGCUCGAGACUUCACAGCGACUCCGUUUAACGAGGGGGAGUUGGACAUCGCCGGUGAGCCGUACUCCGUCUCGGUUCUUAAAGUGGGCUACUGUCGGCCGCAGCCCGACGGCUCUUUCCAAGCUGACGGGACCAUCUCCCUCCUGACGGGCCCCAAGACCAUCCUGGUGGACACCGGGGGACCGUGGGACCGGCGCUUCCUCAUCGCCGCGCUUCAAGACAAAGGCCAACAGCCGGAAGACGUGGACUUUGUGGUCGGGACGCACGGACACUCGGAUCACAUCGGGAACUUGAACGUUUUCCCCAACGCGACGAUAGUUGUAGGGUGUGACGUAAGUGAGGGUGAGCGGUACCUGCCUAACCAGCUGGCGGAGGGGCGGCCCUACCCACUCGAUCAACACGUGUCUGUGGUUCCAACACCAGGCCACACAGGAAAUGAUGUCAGUGUCCAGGUGAGGGGAACGUCUGCUGGGACAGUGGUAAUUGCUGGGGACCUAUUUGAGUGCUGCGCGGAUGAGGGCAGCUGGCAGAAACUGAGUGAAAACCCUGCAGUGCAAGAGGUCAGCCGUCAGAGGAUAUGGAGCACCGCCGAUGUCAUCAUACCUGGACACGGACUUCCGUUUAGAGUCCAGAGAUGAGAACACCUGCUCUGACCCGAACUCUGUCUAAAUCACCCUCAGAAGCACAUCUCCUGCCAAGUAGCUCAGAAAACACACACAAGGAACUUGAUUUGGUAUGCAAGAGGGGAAAAUUAACAGCAAACAGUAAGGUAACAGUUAAAAGAAUUAGAAAACACAAUAUAUGUACACACACACGAGAUAAAGUAAAAAUAGGUGCAAUAAUGGGAACACAAUAAAUUCUUUCACUAAAACUGAGUCAGUCACCCUGGAAGUGCCAGGUGGGCAGUUCACACACCUAACAGUACGAGAUUACUGCUGAAAACGCUCCAGUCACUGAUGCAUCUAGCCAGCCCUUAAACUAGAAGAUAGCUAAAUGCUAACCACUGUUUUAAUUAGAAGAUUUAAGUGCACAUUUCAUGUCUUCCAAACAGACCAGUCCAUGUCCUGCUGUUUAAAUCCCAUCUGAAGCGCUGUGAAAUAAAGACACGCUUUGAAAAAGA